GUUGCAUUUCGUCUGAGAGCUAGGCUAAUUUCAGGUAUCGCAAAAAAGAAAUCCAAAUUAGCAUUGCAGCAAGUCUAAUCUUUCUUUUUCAUGUUACGUCUACGACGCUGUAGGCAACAUUCAGGAUGAAGCUGAAUAUAAGUUUUCCCGCUGUGGGCACACAGAAGCUCAUCGAGGUUGAUGAUGAGCACAAGCUGAGGGCUUUCUAUGACAAGCGUAUGGCUCAUGAGAUGACUGCCGAGUCCCUCGGAGAUGAGUGGAAGGGCUACGUUGUGCGCAUCAGUGGAGGAAACGACAAGCAAGGUUUCCCCAUGAAGCAAGGUAUCCUGACCAAUGGACGUGUACGUCUUCUCCUCAGCAAGGGCCACUCCUGCUAUCGCCCAAGGAGAAGGGGAGAGCGCAAACGCAAGUCUGUCCGAGGCUGUAUUGUCGAUGCUAAUCUCUCAGUUCUCAACCUGGUCAUUGUCAAGAAGGGUGAAGGUGAGAUCCCAGGCCUGACCGACAAGUCCAUCCCACGUAGGUUGGGACCCAAGCGUGGUGGCAAGAUCCGCAAGCUCUUCAACCUUACCAAGGAGGAUGAUGUCAGGCAGUAUGUUGUCCGUCGCCCACUCCCACCCAAGGAAGGGAGGAAGCAGACCAAGUACAAGGCACCCAAGAUCCAGCGUCUGAUCACUCCUCUGCGUCUUCAGCGCAAGCGUCACAAUGUCGCCAUCAAGCGCCGUCGUGCUGACAGGAACAAGCUGGAAGCCGCCGAGUACGCCAAGCUCCUCGCUCAAAGGCAGAAGGAAAAGAGGGACGCAGUAUUGAAGCGCAAGAGGUCUGCAUCUCUUCGCGAGAGCGCCCGCCAGUCCCAGAGCAAGUAGACGAUGGACCGUCCCUCGGUCACACCCACAAGCAAAAAGACCUUCUUGACCUCCAUAUAAUCCACAGAACAUUCACACCAACUUCAAAUUGCUGGAGAAAUGCGAACCACACCUAUUCAGCUGUCCUUCCUUUAGGACAUGUACAAAGUGAAAGAAAUAAACAACUUUCAUCAGCCUGCAUAAGGCAAACAAAAA